AGGAACCGGCAAGGUGGCGCUGCGAGGUUGGUCGGCAACGUCUAACUCGCGCACGGCCCUACGGGCCGGUUGUGUCCCCAGCCAAGUACCAUUCGUAUAACAUCUACUACCGCAUUAGAGUAACUCCGGGGCACUUCAUUGAGCCGGGGCCGACCUCAAACAUCUACAUGUGACAGUCGCGUUCGCCAGGACACGCCAUAUCAGGCCAGAUAGUAGCCUGAUUACAUCUAUGCAGAUAUCUGUGUUGACGGCAAUUGAUCACGCCCCAAAACAACGCCGAUGUUGGUCGGUCAAUGUCGUGACUUGAGCGUCGGCGCCGCGCGAUCCGGGCGCUGGCUCCUGCGCGCGCGGCAGCGCUGCUGUGGCCGCGCGCGCGCCCGCGGCGCGCCGGUGCCGGGGAUGGCUUUAGGCAGGCGCGAGCCGCGCUGCUGCACGCGCAGCGCGGCGCCCGGGAUAGCCGUGAUUCCGCCGCCGCGCCGUCAAUGAUCACUAGCACCACCGCUGGUGGCGCUCUCGCCAUGCACCCGCGAGCGUAUCCGCUGGUGAUACACGUGAACAGUAUUGCUCAUGACAUGGCUCAUGAUAUUGGCGCGGCAAACGUUGGAAAACGCACGCAAACGUUGGAGCCCACGUUUUGUAAUUCCGAGGAGGGGUUGCACGCGGCCGGUGGUGGCCCAUUUCAUGCCGCUGCUUUGUUUGCACGGCCUUCACAUGCCUACCGGUGCUGCGGCAGUUUGCGGGUCCGUGUUGAUUGGUCGCGUGCUUGUACAGCCGAUGUACAUGCAGUUGUAACCCGUAGAUCUU